AUGGGUUGUAGAGCUGAACAUGCCGACCUAGCAUUUGAGCCUAGAAAAGCAAUCAAAGGUCAAGCCUUAGCUGAUUUUAUUGUAGAGCUCACCCGGCCUACAGCUGAACCCGUCCAUGAUCCAGCUAGGGGAAAACGACAUUGGACCCUUAUGGUGGAUGGGUCGUCCACUGCUAAUGGUUGCGGGGCUGGAAUAAUCUUCCAAUCACCUGAAGGGGAUAAAUUUGAGUAUGCGAUCAGAUUUCAAUUCCAGGCAUCAAACAAUGAAGCAGAAUAUAAAGCGUUGUUAGCCAACAUUAAAAUGUGCAAAGAGGCUGGGGCAUUUGAAAUUGAAGCAAAAAGAGAUUUCUUGUUGGUUGUUAGUCAAGUAAAUGGCGACUUUGAAUGUAAAGAGGCGUCCAUGACUAAGUACAUGAAGUUGAUUCAAGAAGAAAUAAAAACAUUGAAGCGGUUUGUGCUCGACCAGAUUCCAAGGUCUGAGAAUCAUCAAGCUGAUGCUCUCUCAAAACUAGCCAGUUCGGCCGAAGGGGAUGUGUCGCAAACUGUGUUUUGGAAGGUAAAGCAGGCUAAGAGUAUUGAUCAAGAGCAAGUUAUGUUCCUCAACCGAGGAAAUGUUUGGAUGGAUCCUAUCAUUGAAUUCAAGAAGACUGGACGCCUGCCCUCAUAUCCCUUGGAAGCCAAGUAUGUAAAGGUAAGGGACAAGUGGUUCGAGCUUUGGGAUGAAACCUUAUACAAAAAAGCAUUUAACCGGCCACUCCUGAAGUGCAUUACUAGGGAGGACGGGUUGGAUGUCUUGAAAGAAUUGCAUGAAGGAGCUUGUGCCUCUCAUAUUGAGGGAAGAGCAUUAGGAGAUAAGACCUUAAGGACAGGGUAUUAUUGGCCCACCUUAAAGGAAGACUCCUUGGUCUAUGCAAAGAAGUGUGAUAGCUGGAAUGGAUAUCUUGGGGCCAUUUCCUGUAAUGCCGGCCAUAAGAAAUUUGUGAUAGUAGCAGUAGACUACUUCACUGAAUGGGUCGAGGCUAAGGCUAUGAGAGGGAUCACCACUAAUGAUAUAAAAGGGUUUAUCUGGAAGAACAUCAUUACAAGAUUUGGUAUGCCUCAGUCUAUUGUCUUUGACAAUGGACCGCAGUUUGAGAUGCCUAAGCUCAAGGAAGGGUUGGUCGAUAAGGACAUUAAAGCUCACUUUGCUGCUAUUGCUCAUCCUCAGGCAAACAGGCAAGUAGAAUCCUUUAACAAGAUCCUCUCAAACGGCAUAAAGAAAAAGCUGUACAUUGCGAAAAGUCUAUGGGUAGAGGAACUACAUUUAGCUCUAUGGUCAAUUAGAACCACGGCCAAGAACUCGACUAGGGAGACUCCAUUUAUGGCUGUCUAUGGCUCAGAAGUCGUCCAUCCCAUUAAAAUAGAAGAAUCCACUUUGCGAGUUAUGCUAUAUUUAGAAGAAGCCAAUUGGGCUGCCCUUCGCACAGUCUUGGACCAUGUUCCAGAAGUCCGGGGUAAUGCUCUACUUAGAAUGCAGCUGUAUAAACCGCGAAUGGCUCGUGAGUUUAACAAGAGGGUAACCAGACGACCGUUGAAGGUGGGGGAUCUUGUCUUAAGAAAAAUGGAAGCAGUCGGUCGCGCCAAAGAAAUGGGCAAGCUCACGCCGAAUUGGGAAGGGCCUUACAAGAUCGUCCACGAAGUCCAGAGUGGCACCUUCCAUCUGGAAGCGAUGGACGGUCGUCCCAUUCCUCGGACGUGGAACUCGAACACUUUGAAAAAAUACUACAUCUGA